AAACCAUAAAUUUACUUACACUGAGGAUAAUUAACAAAAAUAUAAAUGCACACACCUCUAGUAAAAAGUGCAAUCUGAUAUCAGUAAUGCAAUCAUAAUGUACAAACAAAUAAUAGGCAUAUGUCAUAGGAAUUUGGAAAUGAUAUUAGACAGAAAGCUUGCUAUCAACAUGAUAUAUUAAUAACCAUUAUUUUUACUUUCAUUCUUUCUCCUGCUGCUAUAGUCAUAUUCAAUCUUUUAUGGAGAAGCUACUAUAGAACAGUGAUGUAUUUCAUCCAUCUUCCUUUUUGGAUGCUUAUCUUUGGACUAGCCACACUUAUUGGCUUCCAUCCCGCAUCAGCUGCGGGAAUCACAGGUCUUACGCUCUUCACCGAUAAACUUCAAUUGAACUUGCAUUCCUGGAACCUUGUUCCUUGCCGCUUCUAUUCAGACAAACCAAUCCUACCUAACCAGCUGCAUUUGGAAUGGGGUAAAACCACAGAUGAAGGCGGAACAUACAUCCCUCUGAUUCAACUCUUUGGAGAAAACAUAAAAAGGUCAAGAAGGAGGCAUCAGGUUUAUAUAAACCUUGUUUCCCAUGGUAACUGCUCUUUGGUCAUCAAUCCGACCAAGAGCAUGGACAGUGGCAUUUAUGAAGUUCGUCUGGCUCUUAAUGGGGUGCUGUAUGAGCCCGUCCCAAAAAUUAGAGUUCAGACCAUAAGUUCAGAAAAAACAGUGAGGUUGCAGAAACGAGAUGAAACAGGUGAAACUGAAGAAAAAACAGAUGAAAAUGAAUCAGAUGAGUCGGAGGAACAAAGAGUAGAGGAUGAACGAUUCUCUGAAGAAAUCGAAAAAAAUAAAGGCCAUGCUGCUUAUGUGUUUCUCAAAUAUGAGAAAUAUUAUAUUAUUUCAAUAGUUAUAAUGUCACUCAUUACAUUAUUAGGACCCGUUGGAUGGUACCUGUAUUACAUGGAGUUAAAGUGGAUUCGAAAUCGUGAACUAAUGAAGGAAUCUAGAAAAUUACCUGAUGAAGAAAGAGGCCAAGUAGAGAAUAUCCAGAAAGACACAGAAAAUGAACCAAAGAAACAGUUGGACCAGAAUACAGUAACACCUAGCAAAAAGCCUCAUGCGAUUACAAAACCUAAACAAGGCCAGGUACAGAAGAUCCAGAAAGACACAGAAAAUGUAGCAAAGAAACACUUGGACCAGAAUUUGGUGCCACCUGCCAAAGAGUCUUCAGCAAUUACAAAACCUAAGAAGCCAAAGAAGAAGCAAAAAUCUAAAAAAAAGGAAUUAAUGGCAGGAAAAACCUAAGUAAAUUCUACUAGGAAAAACAAUAUCAGAUGUUAAUUUAAAGUCAUCCUGCAAGUAGACAACAUAAGAUAAUAAUAUAAAUACAAAGUAAGUUUUACACCUAAUCUUGUUGUCCUUUAGCAUUUGCAUUUCAGAACACUGGCUAAGAUUAAAACCAGGGAAGCUAAAAUGCUCUUUUGACCAAAACUACCCUCAAAUGAGUUAAAAGAAUACAUAUACACAGAAAAGUUUUUUCCCUGAUUAGCUUGACUCCAAGUUAUGUCCAAGUCAAAUGCCUAUUAUAGUUAAUUGAUAUUAUGAAGUAGCUCUGGACUUUAUGUUUUACAGAUGUACCACCCCCUUGCUUUGACACCAGUAGCCCCCAUACAUAGGUCUACCUCAGCCAACCACAUCAAUCCAAGUCACAAAAUUCAGAGCUAUGCAGGAGGGUUUGGUUCCUACCAACAUCCACUCCCAGGCUUCCCCUCCAUUAAACACAAUUUGUGGGUUCUGGCAAAUGCCAGUAGGGCUGCUGUAAAAUGCCAUAGACCAUCGCUGUCCAACUAGUGGCCUGCGGAACCAUGUCUUGUGGCCUGCAAAGCUCCAGGGGAACAAAUUUGCCAAACAUCUGACUUAUUAUUCACAUUAUGCACUUCUCUAACGAAAGUAUUGAGCAGAGCGAGUGAGAUAAGACUGGAAUGUAGGCGAUUUAAAAUGGUCCCGUCUCACAGCACUGCUUAGUAAAGAUGUUCAGAUAAAACAAUCAGCAUGUUUUCUUCUCUUGUCAGGACAGUGCUUGAUUGAUUCAAGGAAGCUUGCUAUGGUUAUCUUAGUUAGCCAAUAAAGGUAUCACCUUUAUACAACUUUUAUUUUUUAUUUCAAAAGGGUUAGCCUGUGUCAUUCCUCAGCCGACUUGCUGUUGCACCCUUUGACCCUCCUCUUCCCUGUUACCCUGUAACAUUUUGACUGGCUAGCACAGUACAUCACCUUUUCCUGAGGAAUGACUAAAUGGGUGAGAGACUGCAGUCACAAAAAAGGUGAAAGGAUAAUAAAGAAAAAUGAAGAUUAAAAAGAAGAGUAGAAUGAAGAAGAAAAGAUAUGAAUUAGGGAGAGAAGGAUUGGGUUGAAGAAAGCACAGAAGAGGAAAGUAGGGAGAUAAAAGGGACUCUGGCUUCCGAACCAAACAGAAACCCCUACUAUACGUAUUACUGUAACCUGUUCCUUCAAAAAAUAUGAAUAAAUACUGUGCUGAAAUCCAGCUGCAAAA